CCGCCGCCACGGGCGCUCGCGCUGCGCGGUCCGCGCGCAGCCGUCAGUCGGUGUGUCCGGCGCGAGCUGCUCCCGCCGCCUUCCCGCCCUUCCCGCCGGGCUCCGAGGGCACGCGCCCGCAGCCGCCAUGAAGAUCUGGAGCUCGGAGCACGUGUUCGGACAUCCCUGGGAUACAGUGAUCAAAGCUGCUAUGAGGAAGUACCCCAACCCGAUGAACCCAUCUGUGGUAGGAGUAGAUGUCCUGGACAGAAGCCUUGAUAACCAGGGGAGGUUGCACAGUCACCGUCUUCUCAGCACCGAGUGGGGAUUGCCGAGCAUUGUAAAAGCCAUUUUAGGAACAAGUAGAACUCUGACUUACAUUGAGGAACAUUCUGUGGUAGAUCCAGUGGAAAAAAAGAUGGAGCUUUGCUCAACUAAUAUUACUCUCACAAACUUGGUGUCUGUUGAUGAGAGACUGGUUUACACUCCUCAUCCCGAAAACCCUGAGAAAACUGUGCUAACUCAAGAGGCAAUUAUUACUGUUAAAGGCAUUAGCCUGAGCAGUUAUCUGGAAAGCUUAAUGGCAAACACGAUAUCUUCUAAUGCCAGAAAGGGGUGGGAUGCUAUUGAGUGGAUAAUUCAAAAUUCUGAAAGCGCUCUAAGCUAGCAGUUCUCCACACCUGCAGUUUGUACUAACUAGUGGGUCGGGAUGCCCUGGAGUGGGUGAUCAGCAAACUGAACACGGAAUUGGAGGAGCUGAAGUCAACGCGCGAGGGCAUCAAACCAGCCAUGGCAGCAGCCUCAACGGAAAAAUAAAACCAAAUAUUUGGUUUCACCAAGUAAAACCACGUAACUGACAGAAAAGUCUUAUCCUGCAGACUGCUCCCUUCCAAGGCUGAUCUGAAGAGGUUUUGUAUAUUUAUAAGAAUAUUGGAUCAGCGGAAAAGUAACCUCAUCUGUCAUCUCCACGGCAGCUCUUGUUGCCUACUGAAGAUUAAAUUGACCUCCUGCAGAUGCUCUUUUCCUUUAAACAAUUUAUUUUUAACACUGAAAACAAAACAUUAAGCACAUUUAAGGCGGCCUAAAUGUGCCUUUUUAAACAAGGAUAGAGAGUAUGUUAUAUUUGCACGAUCUCAGUUUGUCUUAACUUGAACUUGAAAAGAAUGCAUGUGUGGUAUUAAGGGUUUUCCAUGUGAAUUUUUGUUCUGUGAAGGGCUGAUAGGUCCUAGAGCACUGAAGUUUGUCUGCUUUGUAAUGUGAUAGUGUCUUAUGAUCAGUUAAAGGGAACUACAUGAGUCCAAACAUGAUACUGUAGCAUUAGAUACUUAUCUAGAGGAUCAUCCUGAAAGGCUACAACUUGUGUGGAACUAACUCUUACGUUGUUUAAAUAUGAUGCCUGAUCGUGGCACCAGAUACUUUAUCUCUUAUAUUUGUAUCCAAACAAAGAUAAAGUUCCUCUUGAUGUUAAUAACUGAAAAUAGUUUUUUUGGUAGGGAAAAAGGUAUAAUUUAUUUUCUUAUUUAUUAAUUUGUCUUAGUUCCUCCCCUCCCUAUGAGGGCACGAGUAGUAAUUCCUGGAAGGUGCUGGAAAAUACUUUUUUAUCUCUAAGAAGUGUACUUGUAGGCAACUUGAAUGAAGAGACCAUGCAGUUCCACUGAUCCUCGCUCUUUACAUCAUGUCUUAACUGAGGGAGAAAUUGAUGCAAUAACCAGAAGAGUUGAAAUGAGAAAUGAGCGGGAAAUUUGAAAUCCAAAUGGUCAUAAACAGGAACUUUUCAUUCCCCGAAUGGAAAAAACAAGUACAAGAAAACCAAAUGAACUCUCCUUUUUGAGUGCUUUGUGUUAACCAGCAGUGUAACUGAAUUUUUUCAACACUUUUCCACAUUGGUACAAAAUGGUUUUAAAAUAAUUUUAAAUGCUUCUCAUUCUCUGGAAAAAUACUCCAGUAACUGCAGAAACUGUUUGCUAUAAAACAUGCAUACAUAUAUAUUGGUAAUGGUCCUAGCCUUGUCUAAUGUUUACAAAAUUGUCAUGUUUGAUCCAGAUGUAGUAUUUAUUUCUUAGGUAACCCUCUUCGGGCAUUUUAACUUAUUUUUUGAUAUGCACAGAAAGUGAAAUGAAUGUUGCAAGGAUGUUUACUCAUUCAAGUGGUGAGCAUGUGCUUAGGAAGCUGUUCAAGAGCACGAGUAACUUCUAAAACACUAGAAGUGUAAAAUGUUGGUCACUGUUUUGAUCUGCUAACUUUAGAGUGUCUGUAGCUUAAGGGAAUUUUCAGCAUUCAUAUUCUGGUUCGUUUGAACUUUGAUUUGGGUGUAACUAAAUUACAUGAUCCUAAUGAAUAAACCUACUUUAAAAGA